AUGGCGACCUCUAAACUGGCCAGACCAGGCAGAAAAGAGCAAACAGCUCUCCAAGUCGAAGUCGAGACAGAGGAAGAAUGGAGCCAACUAUUAAAUCGCAAAGGUCUGAUCCUGGCGGACGUAUACUCGGAAUGGUGCGGCCCUUGCGUAGCAAUGGUGAGCACGCUGAGGAAAAUCAAAAUGGAGGUCGGCGGAGACUCGAUCAAUUACGCGAUAGUCAAGAACGACAACAUCGAUGAUCUCGAGAGAUUCCGGGGCAGGAGCGAGCCCGUGUGGAUGUUCCUUCAGGAUGGGAAAAUGGUGAAUCUGAUGUUCGGGGCGAAUUGCCCUAAACUAAGGAAACUGCUCGUUCAGGAGAUAAAGAGGGUGCAGGCGGACGAGGAACCGGAAAUGCGAUUAGACGUGAAGAUCAGGACGCCGGUGGAGGAAGUUUGGUGGCAACAGGAGGAGGCUAUUAGAAAAUCGAAGGAGGCCCGCCGGCAUGCCAAAGAGGAGGCAGAGAGGAGAGAAAAGUACGAGGCGUUCCUGGCACAGAUGAUGUUCGAGCUGAGCGAGGAGACCGCGCUGCUCUUCUAUCCCUGGAUCUUCAGGGACGAGGAGGGCCGUUACAGGGACAAAUACGGCAGCCCGCCGUACACGGACCUGACCACGAGCCUCUUCAAGCAGAACUUCGACAUACAAGAGGAGCAACGGCUGCAUCUCACCGAGGAGGCCAUCGAGAGCAUGCUGGUCGAGAGCGGCGUUGAGAUUACGAAAGAGCUGGUCGCAGGAUUAACCGACGGCAAGACCCUGGCGUUGAGGUUAAAGGGCAGACGACCUCACCCCGAUUGGCCGGUGCCCUAUCCGUACGAGUGUCCCAAAGGAGCGACGAGAUGUCCCACGCGGGAGAUCAACGACGUGGAGAAUUAUCUGUCCGAUUUGCUGAACAGCAGUAAACCCCUGCUACACGAAUCCGCCCUUAAUCUCAACGCUACUGAAUCAUACAUGAAGCGACACGUGUACGUCCACGAGCCUGAUCCCGAGGACCAGGAGGACUUUCGGCGGACGCAUCCUGCCGUCUGGAUACCUCCCCAGGCCAGAAGCAAAGUGCAUGUUUUCACGACCCUCUUCGGCAACUACAUGGAGAAAAUGCAUCCCUACGAAGAACCGACGCCUCCAGAUCCUUACUGCGCUUUCAAAUUCAGUGCCUCGAAAUUCGCGGCCGUGCAGGACGCUUGCGCCCUUUUCCCCGACGCUGUUGAAUAUUUCGGGGCGUUCGAGUUCGAUAAGCCACCCUUCGCCAGGCGGAUCGCUUCGAGCUGCGAGGACUAUCAGCAAAAGGUUAGACGCAGAACCGGCGCGGAGGUGUUCGUGCUGAUCGUCCGGAGGAUCAACGACGACGUGUUCCUCUCGUUCGCCAGCAUCGAGCCGUACUUCGUCACCGAGGUCGACGAGGAGGCGCAGGCGAUGAUCGACGAAUAUUUCCCCGAGGGAGCCGAGGACGUGCCGUUCGUCGCGCUGACGGAGCUCCGGGAGGAACCGGAGGAGGAUUACGGGGAGGACGAGCUCGAGGAUGAGGAUCAGGACGAAGAGGAGGAGGAAGGGACGGAGGAGUCGGCGGAGUGA